CGCGGCGAGUAGGAAGCCCUCGCCCCGCGGAGGCUGCGGGAGAGAGAGCGCGAUGGGCCGCGGCGGUGGGCGCACGCUCUACGGGGACUCAUGCCACGCGCGUUCCGGUCCAGCGCGCAAUUAGCAGCCACCUCCGCAGCCCACCGCCACCACCUUUUCGCCCUCCCGGGCGGCCGCAACGAAAAGCUGCAACCGUCGCCUCGCACAGGCUGCCGGCAUUGUCCUCCAGGUCCGCCGCCAAGGCUACCGCUGCCGCCGCGGGUUGCUGCGGGUCCCCGGACCCGCGCCCCAGGGACGCGCCGCCGCCUUCGCCAGCCCGGCCCCCGGCCCCCGGCUCCCGGCCCCCGGCCCCCGUUUGGUGAUUUCUGAGCCCUGCGUUCCCUAGCCACUCUCUCCUAGGUUUUCCCUGCAAGGCUGAGGAAGAGGAGAAUUCGUCCAGCCGCCAAGCCUAGGCUUUCUCCGGCGCGCAGCCCCGACGGGGCCGCGGCAGGCGCGGCGAGAGCGCCGACGGAGCCAUGAGAGAGUACAAAGUGGUGGUGCUGGGCUCGGGCGGCGUGGGCAAGUCCGCGCUCACCGUGCAGUUUGUGACGGGCUCCUUCAUCGAGAAGUACGACCCCACCAUCGAGGACUUCUACCGCAAGGAGAUUGAGCAGUUCGCGUCCAUGCGGGACCUGUACAUCAAGAACGGCCAGGGCUUCAUCCUCGUCUAUAGCCUCGUCAACCAGCAGAGCUUCCAGGACAUCAAGCCCAUGCGGGACCAGAUCAUCCGCGUGAAGCGGUACGAGCGUGUACCCAUGAUCCUGGUGGGUAACAAGGUGGACCUGGAGGGCGAGCGAGAGGUCUCGUACGGCGAGGGCAAGGCCCUGGCCGAGGAGUGGAGCUGCCCCUUCAUGGAGACGUCGGCCAAAAACAAAGCCUCGGUGGACGAGCUGUUCGCAGAGAUCGUGCGGCAGAUGAACUACGCGGCGCAGCCCAACGGGGACGAGGGCUGCUGCUCGGCCUGCGUGAUCCUCUGAGGCGCCCGCGGAUGCCGCGCGCCGGCCGCGCUCUGCGCACAAAAGCCAAACGCACCCGACUCUCUCAGUGUGAUUUUUCUUUUUGCUUUGAGAUUGGAGACGACUUUGCAUUGGCCGGGGUGUCCCGGGAGCCCGGCUGGCCUCUGCGGCCGGCGCCCCCUGCUUCCGCCCCGUGUCCGAAGGGGUUCCCCCGUCCUCACCAUCCGAGACCCGGUGGAAAUGUGGCUCUUGGAAGCAUGUACGUUUCUCAUUGAUUUUGGUUGACGCAUAUUUCCCCGUUUAAAUAGCCGUUAGGGCGCUGUAUUGGCAGCUUGACACCAGCAAGCGAAAGUUUCAGCCUGGAAAAAAAAAAAAAAAGGGGGGGGGGGGGGAAGAGUAGGGGGAGAAGGGGGAAGGGGGGGGGGGUUUCCCCCCCCCCCCCACAACCCUUUUCUAGUUCCAAGUUUUAAAUACAUGGAAGGAAGUCCGGGAGAACCAAAUGAAGGAGCAGGAGGAAGGGAAGAAACUUUUGUUUUUUCCUUGUUUUCCAGGAGUAGCUGGAAAUUAAGAUCGGGUUCCUUUUCUGCCAGCUUGGAAGGGCAACCGUGUGACUGAUUGUGAUUCUAAGGAUGUCUAUGCAAAGUUGGAUUCUUAUUACAGUGUAUCCAAUCUGAAGUAUGCACAUCUGAACUGGGACUGUAAACACUGAUGCCAAUACAGUGUGGGGUGCCAGAAAGUGUCUGCUGAUAUUUGUGGGGGAAAAAAAAAAUCUAUUUUGUUUACCUACUGUAUCAAAGGGGAGUCUGGGGGAGAACGGUAGUAUUUUUUUUUUUUUAUCAGCUGUGAAAAAAAAAUGUUACAGAUCUGCACAUUUUUGUGUGUACUAUUGUGUGCGUGUGUGUGUUUUUUGUUUUUUUUUUUUAGUUUAGCUUUUUGUUCUUUUUGGUUGGCAGUGACAGGUUUUGAUGACUAGCUCUUUAAAAUACAGUACAAAGACUUCAAAAAUGUGAUUCAGGGCCCCCAGCACCCCUGUGUCUGCAGAGUGCCUUCAAAACUCAGCUGUUCCAGCCGGUGCCAACCUGUGAACUUCCCACCAUAUCCCAGAAUCUGCUCUUCCCCAACCACUUCCUAGUUUCCUUUCUGUAAUCUUCCUGAAGAAGCCAGGACAAUAGGGCCUGUUGUUUGGUGAAUUUCUUUAUUAUUUCCAGCCUUUAAAGUGUAAUUUCCAUGUCUUGCAAUGUUUUUUGUUUUUUUUUUUUCCCUUCUUUCUUUCUUAUUUUGCUUCAUUGUGUUCAAAUGUUCAGGUAUUUAGCUCCCCUUUUAUAUUAUUUUUUAAAAAUUUUUUGGUUAUCUGUUCUAGGGUGUUCCUCCAGAAGCAAAGAGCAAAAUUUUACUGUUGUGAUGUACCAAGAGAAUUCUAACUAAUUGUAAUUUUUAAUUCCAGAUACGCGUUUAAUCAUUGUCUCUUCAUUUUAAGACUUUUAAUACAAAUGUCAUUUUUAA